GUGAAUGGUGAAGUGUAAGUUUGUAUGAUAAGAAAGUGGUGGCUAUAUGGACCCCUUGUCAGAGCCAAAAACAGUUUGACCAAUUUUCGUAGCCUGGCUUGAAAUUGAGGGGAAGAAAAUUAAAAAAAAAAAAACAAGGAAGUGGAAAGUGCGCGGUGGGCUGAGCAUAUAGCUUGGUAUUAGUUGGAAUGUUGAGACAAAACCAUAGGAUGGACUCGUAGAAGAGAAGAAAAAGAGAAUACAGACACAAAAAAGCAAAACCCAAGUCAAGUUUUUAAAUUGUGCAUCCAUAUCUAUCUCAACCCAAGACUCAACAAUCUAAAAGAGGAGGAAAAUCCGCCUGGCGAAUCAAGUCCAAAUAUGGAGCUUUGUAGGUGGGUGUUUUGUGUGCUUUUAUUGAUUGCCUCUUCUUUGAGGGUUGGUGCUGAGCAGCUCCGUCGGGGUCAACGUACUGAGCGAAUUUCCGGUAGCGCUGGUGACGUCUUGGAAGACAAUCCAGUGGGAAGGUUGAAAGUUUUUGUUUAUGAACUUCCAAGUAAAUACAACAAGAAGAUUCUGCAAAAGGACCCCAGAUGCCUCACACAUAUGUUUGCAGCUGAGAUUUUUAUGCAUCGAUUCCUCUUAUCUAGUCCUGUUAGAACCCUCAAUCCUGAGGAAGCAGAUUGGUUUUAUACCCCUGUUUACACCACAUGUGAUCUGACUCCAAAUGGCCUCCCUUUGCCUUUCAAAUCACCGCGGAUGAUGAGAAGUGCAAUACAGCUUAUCUCUUCAAACUGGCCUUAUUGGAAUCGGACAGAAGGGGCUGAUCACUUUUUUGUAGUGCCCCAUGACUUUGGGGCGUGCUUCCAUUACCAAGAAGAGAAAGCUAUUGAAAGAGGAAUUCUUCACUUGCUCCAGCGUGCCACCUUGGUUCAAACUUUUGGACAACGGAAUCAUGUUUGCUUGAAAGAAGGCUCAAUCACAAUCCCUCCAUAUGCUCCUCCACAGAAAAUGCAGUCCCACUUGAUCCCGCCAGACACUCCUAGGUCUAUCUUUGUCUACUUCCGAGGAUUGUUCUAUGAUGUAGGAAAUGACCCAGAAGGUGGUUAUUAUGCAAGAGGUGCACGGGCAGCUGUGUGGGAGAAUUUUAAAGACAAUCCACUUUUUGACAUCUCAACAGAGCACCCAAUGACUUAUUAUGAGGACAUGCAACGGGCUGUGUUUUGUUUGUGCCCCCUAGGAUGGGCCCCAUGGAGUCCAAGAUUAGUUGAAGGAGUGAUAUUUGGGUGCAUCCCUGUCAUCAUCGCAGAUGACAUUGUUUUACCCUUUGCUGAUGCAAUUCCGUGGGAAGAAAUUGGGGUGUUUGUAGCUGAGGAAGAUGUUCCCAACUUGGACACAAUUCUCACAUCAAUCCCACCUGAGGUAAUAUUGAGGAAGCAGAGAUUACUUGCCAACCCUUCAAUGAAGCAGGCAAUGUUGUUCCCACAACCUGCUCAACCAGGGGAUGCUUUCCAUCAAAUUUUGAAUGGACUUGCACGGAAGUUGCCACAUGACAGGAACAUUUACCUGAAGCCAGGUGAGAAGAUCUUAAACUGGACUGCAGGCCCAGUGGGUGACCUGAAACCUUGGUAGCAGCUGAAGCAUCAUAUUGUUAAAAGUGAUGACAUGUUUUGCAUUCUGACCCUUAUAAAUCUUACCUCCAAACUUACCAUGGUUUGUUGCUGUAAUCUAGAUGGCGAUUUUCAUCUGUGUAAAUCUUCAUUUUGUCAAAUUCUAUUAAGAUUAUACACCCCUUUCUGCAGUUCCAGAUUUGUGGGCUAUUUUGUUGUAGUCUGCCAUAGUUGGCCAUGAUUCUGAAAAGCUACAAUGAUGAUUGUUCCAUUGCUUCUCAGGUA